UCUCAAAAAAUUCAUCUUUUUAAUUAUGGUAGUCUAGAAUCUAUUACCACUAACACAGUAACCCUAGCUAAUAUCUAGAUCUAACUGUAUUAACAAAGAAGUUCUCUAUAUUUUAAAAUGUCUGCACGUAAAUUAAAAAUCCCUUCUUCAGCCAAAAGACACAUAAGAUUGUCACAGUUUUCUCAGUUUGUAAGUGCAUCUCGUCUUCGACAUGUUCAAAACAUUUUAACAGAUAGAAAAGCUGGGUUACUUGAUAUUGAUGGUAUUCUCUGUAUAGCAGGUAUAGACAGCCGAUACAAUGAAGGAAUGUAUGAAUUAUUAAACUAUCUUUUGUUUGGAUUUUUUGAUAUUCGAAAAGAUGAACUAGAAAGCUCUGGAUUUCCUGAAGAAAUAAUAGAUGACAUGGUUAUUUUGAUCUGCCAGGACCAUGUACAAAUUUAUUGUAACCCAGUCAAUUAUUGGUAUUUACUGCCCUAUGUUAGCCACUGGCCAGGAAUACAGUUUCAUUGUCUGUCUGAUAAUCAGAGUGAUGGUGAAAAUGAUGACGCAGCCGAAGAAUUUAAGAUUCAGUCUUUUAUUUCUAUGAUGAGUGAGUGCAGAGUUAUUGGUCUCCCAUUUACUGGACAAGGGCACACAUCUGAGUUUACUCCCAUGGAAAUAGAAAAGUGGCCACUCAUUCAAGCUUUUGCUCUGGAAGAUUUUGGAGGAGGUGGAUUCUUUACACUUAAGCAUGAAGUUGUUGACAUCAGUUCUCAGCUUCAUCACAUUCAAGACUUUCAAGAUUCAGUCUCAGUAGAGUUACUUCUGACAGAUCAUUAUCCUUUGAUGUCCAGACAAUGGAGUAACAUGCUGCAAUGUGUAAAAAUAUCUUUAGAUUCCAAGUGCCAAGCUUUAUCACAGAAGAAAAUAUCAGAACCUCUGCGAAGUUAUUUCAAUCAUGGAUUUGUUGGGCAUAAGGGAAAGACUGGAAAAAUUCCUUUUGUGCUGUUUAAUCAAGAUACUGACAAAAAGCAACUUGAGAGAGCACUAAAUGGAGAGGCUUUGGAGGCUUCAGAUUUGUCUCUAAAAACAAAUGACAAUCACCACAUGAUUUGUCAAGCAGCAUCCCCUCACAAACCUUUAGUGUGUGCUCGAACAUAUUUCUUUUGCAACCAGCCCUAUGACAUUACAAAGGAAACCUCUGGUGAUGGGCUUCAACAUUCCAGUGACACAAAACAAUUAAGAUACUCAUUAAAGAUUUAUUUAUCUAUGGUUCGUGCAGUUCUUGCAUCUAUCAAAGUGUACAGUCAAACGUUGCAAGUCACACAGGCAAAAGCAGCCUGUUUUAAAACAUUGACAGAUGAGUGUUCCAAGCUGAAUAACCAAUGUUUAUUAGACCAUAUCAAGGAUGGUUCUCUUGUACAAUUUAAAUUGGUUUCACUCAAUUCAAAUCACAGUGAGGAGUCCCUGACUGAAGGAGUACACUGCAAAAAAAUGAAACUUAUUAGCCUGGCUCUCUACGACAUUCCUUCAUUGCAUAACACUAAACAAGACCACAUAGGUUCCAUGUUAUUUGCAGAAUCUUUCCUGGACUCAUGCAUUCAGCUAUCAGGUGGUUGUGAUGUGAAUUCACAUGUUUUCAUUUUGACUUCAUGCAUUCCAAGACAUCAAAUUUGGAGUUUGUCUGGAAAUGACAGAAAGAUGCAUACAUCAGCUCCCAGUCUUCCCAUCGACUUCUGGGGUGAGCCAUUGAUGACACAAGGAGAUAUCUCCAUGACUGGUACAUGGACAGCUCUUCUGCCUCCAGAGAGAGUUGUUUUAACUGCUUGGACCCAUGGAGUCACAGUACAGACAUCUGACUAUGGCUCAGUUUCUCUUCUUGGCUCAGAUAUAAACUCUAUAGCUCUUUAUGAUGGGGACUCCAUGUCCAAGGUGACUUUACUUUUGCUAAAGAUCAACCUGACCAGCAUUAUGGCUGACCGCCUCCCACCACAUGUGUAUAGUGAAGUGGAUGAGAGAGGCAUGUUUACACUGAUCCUAGCCUUCAGUCCCCACACUAAGGCUCAUACACAACUUUUUGGAAAUGUUUUACCAGCAUGGAAGAUGGAGUCCCAGCUGCCUGAGGUGAAGAGACUGGAUGAAUUAAAUUGUAAUAUUCUAGAAAUCCAUACUUAUCUACAAAGACAGAUUGAUGUAUCAUUUUCUUCUGAGACUUGGCCAUUGAAAAAAGUUUCACUGACCAUGCCCCAUUUAUACGAUUUUCUUGAGCAUUUGACCACCAGCUGUGGUUUGUAUGGUUCUGUGACAAGAGAUGUGUAUCAAUCCUUAAUGGUUUCACAAAACACAAAGCUUGAGUCCACUGAUGACAAGAUUAUUGUUACAAUCAUCACUGGGGCACCAGGAAGUGGUAAGGAUGUUUUGGCAGACGUCAUUUCAUCUUUUAAUACCAACAUUAUCAAUUGGAUUGUUUUCAAACAAUCUGAGGAAUGUCAGCUUGACAUGGCACACUUGCAUCAAACCAUGAUCACCGCUGCCCAAACUAGCUCACAUUGGCUUCUGUCCAAGACAACCAGACUUAUCAUUGUAGCCCCAGGAUUCUGUGAUACACCAGAAGUUGUGAGAGCCAUUUCAUCCCAUAGUGACCACAGCUUUAGAUCUUUAUUCCAUGUUGGAGCUGUUACACUGUGCAUUGAUCCAGUUAACACUUUCAUGGAACACAAGCUGACACUUCCUAUGUUGACAGCUCACUGUGCUCAAGGUUGGGUCAAUAACAUAGUCUUCACUUCACAAACCAUGGCACCAAGUGAAUUACUAGAUAACAUUCAGACACUUAUUCGAAGUAUCAAUUAUGAUGUAGCAAUGCUCAAAGCUGAACAAGGUCAUGUCAAAAGGAGCGCUGAUCUUGAUCUUAUAAUGUCUGAGACUGCCUUUUCAGAAAGUCACAUGGAAAGAUCUAGAGUCUUGCUCAAACCUUAUUGGCGUGAAGGUUACCCCCAUGCUUGGCCAUGUCUACCUGUGAUGAACGAUGUGCUGCUUCAGUUUACUCACCCACUCGAGAAACAUUUAACACUCAUAAACCUUCGCAAUCUGAAAAAAAGCUUCCAAUCAUUUCCUUUCAUUGGAAACAUUUACAAUGUCACUGGACUUCUUGCAUUCACUGGUUCUCCUCAGUUCUUCACUCUUCAGUUCAGUCCCUUGAAUGGGAAGCUAGUUCUCAAAGAAAGUGUUGCAAACCAUCAAAAUGGAGAUAAUCCUGUCUACAAAAUAAUCUUCACUGGUGUGCAGCUUAAGGAACAUGACUUAAAAGUGUUCCUCAACACUUGCGUCAAACAGAAACCAGAAAAAAAGAAAUUGUUGAUGAAAGAAGAUCUAACCAAACAAGAGAUUGACAAAAUUCACGCUUCUCAUCAUUUGGAAGACCUACCAGAAGGAUGGUACUACAAUGGGUCUCAGUUUGUUAGUAUGGACGGAGAACGUUCACAUACACAUCCCAAUCUAGAUAAAUUUCUCUCUGAUUAUCUAGCAAAAAAGAAUGCAGACAUUGCUCAGUUCAACAAAAGAAUUGAGGUUGAGUCUUAUACAUCUCUAUGGCAACUGUAGAAUCUUGCUGCAAAGAUCAUCUGCAUUUACAGAUUGAGAUCCUAACUCAAAUUAUACUUUUUUUUUCCUUUCUAUACGUAUUACAUGAGUUACUGUUCCUUGAAUGAUAAAGAAUGCCUGAUCAGUUAUUGUUCUUAGCUCAGAUGUAAAUACCACUUAUGUUUUGCAGGAUUUAGAUCUAUUUUGUAUACCAGCAAGUUGUGUCUUAGAUGGUCUGCAGUGAUUAUCUUACACUACAAUAUUUGUAUUGACUUUGGCUAAUAUCAGCUAUAACAUGGAGUUCCUAUUUUUUGGUUGGCAUUCACCAAUGUCUUGUGGUUGCCUAUAGCUCUAGAACAGAUAACAACCGUGAAAGAAUCUUGUUAUAACAUCAUUUGUUGUAAAAAAAAAAAAAAAAGAUCUUUCACUAUUUUGUUGGACUGUAUGAACUAUGAAAUGAACAGUAAGAGCAUAAAGGGAUUAAAUAAAUUGUUUAUAAUUGUACAAGCCAUUUUGUUUACCUUCUUUUGUCUGAAGCAAUUUUGUGAUAUUUCGACCGAACCGUCCAAGAAAGUAAUAAACAUUCCAUUGUACAGAGACUUGUCACUGUGAUUGACCUUUUUAAUUUUUAUGCUGUUGUCUAUUUAUUGUGUAAGCUUUCUAAAUAACAUGGAAAUUUUAUUUAAAAUUUGAUCCACUAUUGUUAUUGCUCUUAAAUGUCUGCAAUAAAGUGAUUAUAACUCUGAUGAUCUUAGAACUGACAAAAAACAUGUUCUCAAGUAACUUUUCAUAUCAUUUAUGAAUAAAUGUUUGAGUAAAAUCAA